AAUCACUUCACUCUCACACACACACAACGUGCAGUCGCGCGGUGAGCGGUGGAGCGAACGAUCCCGAGGCAGCCCAUAGUUGUGUAGCUGUACAGAGGGUGACUGACAGAGGACCAAAACGCUGGCAACUAAUGGACAUAUAGUAUAUUGUUUUUUGUUUUUUUACUCUGGAACCCUCUGCUACGGGAACAUAUUGAGGAUUAGUUUAGCAGCUGGUGAGAAUGUUCCAAACUAAGCACAGGAUGCUGCUAUAAAACUGGUCCGGAGACGUACUAUAUAUGGUUGUUUCCGUAUCUGAGGAGGGGACAACAAUCUGAUGUGCAGCGCUUCUGGUCACCAAGUUGUUUUCUGCCGGCAAUUAACGCACUCGAUUUGAUAUCAGGGGGACCGUCAUUGGAUUUGAAGGAAUAGGCUAACCGUCGUCGGCUGAUCAAGUGGAUUGUUUGUUGUUGGGGGUUUUUUAUCACGGGGAGUGCGUUGUUCAUGUAAUUGUGGAUUCCUACUUGUGGGGAGAUAUUGAGGGCUGAAGUGGCUUCGUUCAGGAGAGGAGAGGGAUCGAAGCUUCUAGCCCGGCUGAAGCGCUCAGAACUGGGGUAGGCUACUGAGGAGUUCUCAUCCAUCCAAGACCGAUGCGUUUCCAGUCAAGCGGAGUGAUGGUGCUGAGGUGGGAUGGCACGCUGGUGUUGGCCGCCAUGCUUCUGGUUUACUGUACCGCCGAUCCCACUGAUAUUCUCUACCGGAUGCUGGAGGAGCAGCCGCCCAACACGUUGAUCGGCAGCCUGGCAUCGGACGAGGGCCUGCCCGACUCAGGCCACCUGUACAAGCUGGAGGUGGGCACCCCUUACCUGCGCGUGGACGGCAAGACGGGAGACAUUUACACCACAGAGGUCCCCAUCGACCGUGAGACACUACGGGACUGCCGCAACCUGUUCGAGGGCGACAAGUGCUUCCUGGAGUUCGAGGUGUCCAUCACGGACCUGAAGCAGGGCCAGGGACCGCGGCUGAUUGAGGGCCGCAUCGAGGUGCAGGACGUCAAUGACAACACACCCCAGUUCACCUCGCCCAUCCUCAUGCUGUCCAUCCCAGAGAACACACACAUCGGGGCACUCUUCUCCAUCCCCAUGGCCAGCGACAAGGACUCGGGCCACAACGGCGUGGCCGAGUACUCGCUCAGCGCCGGGACUGACGCCGACCAGCUCUUCAGCCUGCAGGUGGCCGAGGACACAGACGAGAAGCAGCCGCAGCUCAUCGUCAUGGGCAACCUGGACCGCGAGCAGAAAGACUCGUACGAUCUCAACAUCCGUGUGGUGGACGGGGGCACACCACCACGAGCCAGCAGCGCCCUGCUGAGGGUGACCGUCACCGACCAGAACGACAACGCACCCAAGUUUGAGAGGAGCCACUAUGAGGCUGAGCUGGCUGAGAACAGCCCUGUGGGACACUCAGUCUUGCAGGUGAAAGCCAACGACGCUGACAUGGGUACCAACGGGGAGAUCGACUAUAGCCUGCACCAGGCCUCCGAUGCCGUCCAGAGGUUACUACGCAUUGACCGCUCCACAGGGAUCAUCUACGUCAAGGGGCUGGUGGACCGAGAGGAGGAGAGCUUCCUCAAGUUCUUCGUGGUUGCCAAGGAUCGCGGCCCCAACUCCAAGAGCUCCAAAGUCCUGGUGACCAUCAACGUCAAGGACCAGAACGAUAACGCACCCGCCAUCGAGAUCCGUGGCAUCGGCCUGGUCACCCACCACGACGGUGUGGCCAACAUCUCAGAGGACAUGCCCAUCGGCACGCCUGUAGCCCUGGUGCAGGUGUCGGAUCGUGAUGAAGGGGAGAAUGCUGUGGUCACCUGUGUGGUGGCCGGGGACGUCCCCUUCCAGCUGCGGCCCGCCAGCGAGUCAGCCAACGACCGCAAGAGGAAAUACUUCCUGCAGACCACGACCCUGCUUGACUACGAGCGCAUCAAGGACUACAGGAUUGAAAUAGUAGCGGUGGACUCCGGUAACCCUGCACUGUCUAGCACAAACUCCCUGAAGGUGCAAGUCACCGACAUGAAUGACAAUGCCCCUGUCUUCUCCCCCACCCUGUUUGAGGUGGACUUUGCAGAGGAGAAUCAGCCAGGUGAUAAGGUCCUGGAUGUGGUGGCCACAGACGCAGACAGUGGGUCUAACGCAGAGCUGACCUACAGCAUCAUCAUGGACUCGGCCACUAAGGGGCUCUUUGAGAUCGACCCCAAAACAGGAGAGGUGCACGUGAGGAAUACGCUGGACCGUGAGCACAGGGAGCAGUACGAGUUCCACGUGGCGGCAGCCGAUAAGGGCUCGCCUAGCCUGAGGGGGACGGCCACGGUGGUGGUCAAGGUGCUGGACCGUAACGACAACGACCCCAAGUUCAUGUUGAGCGGCUACAGCUUCUCCGUCUUGGAGAACAUGCCUCCACUCAGCCCUGUUGGCAUGGUGACGGUCAUCGACGCAGAUAAGGGCGAGAACGCCAUGGUGCGACUCUCGGUGGAACCCGACAAUGGCAAGUUUGUCAUCCAGAAUGGCACAGGUACUAUCCUCUCCAGCAUAUCCUUUGACCGUGAGAAGGAGAGCACAUACACUUUCCGCCUCAGGGCUGUGGACGCCGGUGACCCUCCCAGGUCCUCCUACGUGGGUGUGACCAUCAACGUCUUGGACGAGAACGAUAACUCCCCCUACGUCACCAAGCCCUCUAACUCCUCAUACAAGUACCUCCCACCUCUCACGACCCCCGAGACACGCGUUGAAGUGGUGGAGGCCGAAGACAUCGACACAGGACCCAACUCCGAGCUGGUCUUCAGCAUUACCGGUGGGAACCCCUACGGACUGUUUCACAUCUCGCCCAACAAUGGGGAGAUCACCCUGGCCCAGGAGUUCACCCGCAAGCACAACGGGCUCCACCGUCUGGUGGUGAAGGUGAGCGACAAAGGCAAGCCACCACGCCACACCACCGCCCUGGUCCACAUCUUCGUCAAUGAGACCAUGGGCAACAUCACCCUGAUCGAGUCUCUGGUGGGUCACAGCCUCUACACUCCUCUGGACAGAGACAUUGCCGGGGACCCCAACUAUGCUCUGGCCCAGCGCAGCAACAUCCUGUAUGGCAGCCUUGCGGGCAUCGCCGGAGUCAUCCUGGUCAUCGUGGUGGUGGUGGUGAUCCGUCAUCGCAUGCAGAAGGACACCAAGAGCGGCUACCAGGCGGGCAAGAAGGAGAGCAAGGACCUGUAUGCCCCCAAAGCAGGGCCCAAGAAUGGCAAGGGCAAAAAGAGCAAGAAGGGCAAGGUGCCCAAGCCCACCAAGCCACUGGAGGAGGACGAAGAGGCCAGCCUCCAGAAGGGCCUCAACUUCAACCUCAUAAACGAUAGUGUCAAUGACAGUCCCCGGAUCCACCUGCCCCUCAACUACCCCCCGGGCAGCCCCGACCUGGGCAGACACUACCGCUCCAACUCCCCACUGCCCUCCAUCCAGCUGCAGCCCCAGUCCCCCUCUGCCUCCAAGAAGCACCAAGCCGUUCAGGACCUGCCCGCCACCAACACCUUUGUGGGCACAGGUGACAACAACUCUACAGGCUCCGAUCAAUAUUCGGAUUACAGCUACAAGGCAAACCCGCCGAAAUACAGCAACAAACAGCUCCCCCAUCGCCGAGUGACCUUCUCCACGGCCAAUCAGGCUCAAGACCUGCAGGACCCCUCCCAGCACAGCUACUACGACAGCGGAUUGGAGGAAUCGGAGACUCCCAGCUCCAAAUCGUCAUCGGGGCCCCGCAUUGGGCCCCUGGCCCUGCCUGAGGACCACUACGAGAGGACCACCCCGGACGGCAGUAUCGGAGAGAUGGAGCACCCGGAGAACGAUCUCAGGCCUCUGCCUGAUGUGGCCAUGACUGGGAACUGCACCCAUGAGUGUACCGAGUACGGCCACUCCGACGCCUGCUGGAUGCCUGGUCAGCCCUCCCCCAAUCGUAAGAGUUCCACCAAGAACGCCCCCAAGCUCUCCACCUUCGUGCCUUACCUGGAGAGUGAGGGGCAGGACCACCUCAUGGCCAACGGCAGUCCCAAACCCAUGGCAGACGAGCGUGGGAGUGCUGGAGGUGGCAGCGGAGGCUCCAAGGUGGCUAACAUCCGCUUCCUGCCCCCUUACAGCAGUGCCUUCUCCGGGGGCAGCGACUCCGGCAAAGGCUGCGAGGAGAUUCCCCUGAGCCAGGCAGCCGAGUACCAUUCCGCCACCACACCCACCAACCAGGGCUCCAAGAGAGAGAUUUACCUGUGAGGGCGAUGAUGGGCGAUGAUGUGGCCACCACCCCACCACCUUCACCCUUACCCAUAUGCCCACUGUUCCUGACCCCAUGCCCUCAGGCCUACCCCCUCACUGCCCCUGUGCCUAGCUGCUGUGUCGUCUGAGAAGUGCCAUAGCACCACCACCACCCUCCUUUUUAUAACCACCUCCCACCGUUUGAGGCUUUAGAAUCCACAAAUCCUCCAAUGAAUGAAAUAAAGAGUACAAAUCGGUCAAAGCCAAACAAAGAAGAUACUUGGCGAGUGCAAAUUCUACUGACAGAAUGUAAACUACACUAUCAUUUCAACAUUGUGAUAACUUAAUUGGAGACUAUUUAGUUAUGAUUGCGUGUUCAAGUUUUUUUUUUACAAUUAAUUUCCAUUGGAGUUCCGUUGGAACUGAAAACAAUGAGGGUAGAAAAGUGUUCUUGUAAAAUAGGCACAUGAAUAUACAGUGUAUGGACAUCUAUUUUAGGUGUUCUUUUGGUUUUUCUGUUUUGUUUCCUUUUUUUUUAGAAGUGAGUGUCGUUCUCAACUCUGGGACCUCCAAUUAAUAAGCAAAAAGGCACGAGGGGGUGUGGUAUAUGGCCAAUAUACCACGGCUAAGGGCUGUUAUUUUGCACGACACACUGCAGAGUGCCUGGAUACAGCCAUUUGCCGUAUUUUGGCCAUAUGCCACAAAACCCCUGAGGUGCCUUAUUGCUAUUAUAAACUAGUUACUAAAGUAAUUAGAGCAGUACAAUAAAUGUACCCAUGCUAUACGGUCUCAUAUACCACGGCUGUCAGCCAAUCAGCAUUCAGGCCUAGAACCACCCAGUUUAUAACUAGAAUUAGAGCGGUGUUUCUCUUGCCUGACUACCCAAACUCCUUGCUCCUGCAAAAUGCUACACCACACCCACGGAUGUUAGUUUCUUCUCCGCAAUGAGUCAUGAUCCGAGUAUCUUGCGCAACGAUUUAUAGAAGAGGAAAAAAGAACUAUCGCCAUUCUGAUUGGUACCAGAAACCAAUGGGUUGGGACAGAGCCAGAACACGUGGGUAAAGCGGCAGUUUGAAAAUUCGACAUUGGCUUUGAUACUCUGAUUGGUUAGAGAUGAUCCAAUCACUGAUUACUAUGUUUUGUACACCACCCCUCAUUUUAGUCGAUACCACAAACAACUUCAAUGAUGGCAGUCUCAGACUGAAGUAUGUAGCGAACUAUAGAGCCGUGGAAGAAUUCAGUUUGAGUCGUCAGGCAAGUCCUGCUCCUACUCAAGAGGACACAGCUGACUGGUAAUUUUGCCAUCCUUUGCUCAACAUAAGACAUUAAAGUCCUCAACACAUUUUUCACAACCAAGAGGUCUUUAUCAAUGUACAGAGCUGUAAAUACAAUGGACAUGAGUUAGACUUUAAGCAUUUUAUUAGAUUAUUUUCCUUUGGCUGUAUAGAGCUUCAAUAAGAGCUGUACCUUUUUGAGUCAUUGUUGUUAUGAUCUCACAGUGAUGUGGAACCUUUGUUGGUUGGUUGUGUUAUCCAUGAUGUACCGGUUGACAAUACCAAGUGUAACACUGGGAGGAUUUAUAACCUUUGACACAUCACUGAACAUGUGAAGCUACAGUACACAUGUGCGACUUUGUAUUCCUCAUCUUUACUAUGAUCUUAGACAAAAGAAAAACACUUGAGAAAAAAAUGGUGCUGGUGUUAAAUGUGUUGGCUGAAGUGGAUGUCAAUGUCUACUGCUGUGCAUUUCCAGUCCCUCGCCACCCAAAUCUCAAACUCCUUGAUUGAGGUCUCACCGAAGGAUCAAUUCACACCAGGUAUCCAGUUGGAGAGCAACAAGAAACAGCUUGCUUUUGUUAAGGUGUAUCGUUCCUGGUGCACAUACUCCAUCACUCUAACUCCCAUGUAUUGCAAUCUCUAGUUUCUAAGUUUGACAAUUUAGUAGUCAUCUUUGUGAAAACUGAUGGUAUUUAUCACCUGCUGUUCCAAGUCAGUUCCCCACUGUAACACGGCUGUUAGAGACCUGCUGUGGGUGUGAGGUAAAGUCUGUCCUGGUCCUGUGGUGUGACGGUGGUAGUAGUUGGAGAGUUGGAGAGGAUUCACAGCUCUCCUAUACACUAGCGUGCUAACCCCGCUAACCCCGCCAUGCAGAGGCAUUGCUCUAAUUGAGCCUGGAGGCAUCGUUCAUUAGCAGUGAUCAUUUCCACAUCUCAAAACCGAGCAGGGUGUCCUGGCGGUUUGGAAGUUAAUUUGGAGUCUCAUAAUAAUAACUGCUGACAGUAAUGGGGAUUUCACCUGUGGCAAUGAGCAUCAGCCAUGAUUGGACUAAUGAAAACGCAUUGAGGAGAAAAAAGAGUGUGACAAAGACCUCCAGACUACUAACACUGCAGCUGGAGCUCUUGCACAACACAAACACCCCCGCAGGAUACACUCAAAGAGACAUUGUUGUUGUUAUGGCUUGCUAGGAUACAAAACAUGAUUCAGGUGGGGUCAUUUAAGGGUCAUGGCAUCAAAAAGCUAAGGUCACAAGGUCAGGCUAGUAUGUUUGUCUUAUGUUCCUGUGUCUGACCGUAGACUGCAUUUUUUUUUGUAUGCAUUUCUAGUAUGCUUUGAAUUACAGUUCACAUUCAACAAGUCCUUGGCUGACUUGAUUGUGCGUGCUUCAAUGUAUAACAUGAUUUACAUGUGACUAAAUGGUUAACCAUUGUAAAUAAUGCAUCAUUUAAAAAUCUCAGUCAUAGGUCUAUCAUGGUGACAAUCAAUCCCUGUGACUUUUGGAAAAGCACGUAUUUUAUUUAAAGCCACGUAAUAAAGGGAUCGUCUACAAGAACAUAUAAGGCAGGAAAGUAACGGUGGACAGCAUUGAAUCUGUUUGGAAUCUGUUUGAAAUCAACUGUAUUUCAGUUCUACUGGGCUAUGUCAACAUUGUACAAUAUAUUACAUUAAUUAAUGAAUACAAUUUUCAUCAUCACCUAUUCUAAUGAACACAAAGUAAUGUUCAACCAAAUCCUCCCAAUGACUUCUCCACAGGAAGGUCCAUACACAGUAACAGCUAGGGUCUUGGACCUCAAGUAACUGUUCAUUCAAAGUAUAUCUCAAUGUUGAUUUCAUGUCCUUGUUUGAUAAUGUAUAGAUCAAACACUGGUAUCAAACACUGGUAUUAAGUCACUGGUUUCCCCUGUGGUGUUCCUUCACAGCAAACAAAUAAUUUUCUCCCUGACAGGGCCUCUAUUCCCCUGGUUCUCCCUGAAAGGGCCUUUAGAUCCCUGGUUCUCCUAGACAGGGCCUCUAUUCCCCUGGUUCUCCCUGAAAGGGCCUUUAGAUCCCUGGUUCUCCUAGACAGGGCCUCUAUUCCCCUGGUUCUCCCUGAAAGGGCCUUUAGAUCCCUGGUUCACCUAGACAGGGCCUCUAUUCCCCUGGUUCUCCCUGAAAGGGCCUUUAGAUCCCUGGUUCUCCUAGACAGGGCCUCUAUUCCCCUGGUUCUCCCUGAAAGGGCCUUUAGAUCCCUGGUUCUCCUAGACAGGGCCUCUAGUCCCCUGGUUCUCCCUGAAAGGGCCUUUAGAUCCCUGGUUCUCCUAGACAGGGCCUCUAGUCCCCUGGUUCUCCCUGACAGGGCCUCUAGUCCCGUGGUUCUCCCUGACAGGGCCUUUAGAUCCCUAGUUCUCCCUGACAUGGCCUCUAGUCCCCUGGUUCUCCCUGACAGGGCCUCUUGUCCCCUGGUUCUCCCUGACAGGGUCUUUAGUUCCCUGGUUUUCCCUGACAGAGCCUCUUGUCCCCUGGUUCUCCCUGACAAGGCCUCUUGUCCCCUGGUUCUCCCCGACAGGGCCUCUUGUCCCCUGGUUCUCCCCAACAGGGCCUCUAGUCCCCUGGUAACCUCCCUUGCCCACCCAUGGACUGAUCAUGACCUCCAGUGCCGGAGGGAUAAACUCUAAGCCCUUCUGAGCUCCAUCUCCUGAGUUGACAUAGCUGAUAUACAGAGGGGUGACGGGGUAGAGGGCUGCAGGGAGGAGGGGGAGGAGGGGUCCUUGAACAACAAAUGGGGAGGGAGAUAGAGAUGGAGUAAGAGUAAAUGAUUUGUGAAGGGGGUAGGUCAUGUGGCACCAAUUAACCCCAGCUUUUUGUGGUGGUGCGGAGAAGCUGACCUUUGAGAUGUGAUGCUAUUUGCUUUCCUUUAACCUUUGAGGCUCAAUGUGAACACACGGUGAAAUUUGAGAGGGGAUGAGGAGAGCAUGUGUGUGUGUGUGUGUGUGUGUGUGUGUGUGUGUGUGUGUGUGUGAGCACGCGUUUGUAUGUAGCACACAGGUGUUUUUUCUGUAUUUGUAGCUUUAGAGGUGCUGCCUGCAUACUGUAAAAAGAUGGCUCCACCUAAGCUCUAUGGACUCUUCUGACAGUCUCACAAACUCUCACUCUCUCCAAGGGGAAUCACCUGGAGUUUAUCCCUAGAGAGGAGCUGUCACAGAUACGGGCAGGAGAAGACUGUGUGCGUGUGUGCGCGUGCAUGCAUAUGAGAGAGUGUGCACGUGUGUCUAGCACCACUGCAGCAGCAUCCUAUUUUAUGCUGAGGCAAAGCAUGCCUGUGUUGAUUUGGUUGGUUUAUUGCUUUGUGUGUGCAUUUUAUUCAAUUGUAUUCCUUAAUUCAUGAAGCAUGUAGAACUCUUUACCUCAACGGAUCGGCUUAUACAGUAACUGGUCCGUGAAACAUGGAAGGCAGUCAGUGCAGACAGGCGUAACAUGGAUAACAAGGGAUAGUAUUUGGCACAUCUUUUUCACAUCCCUUUUGUGUUUUUGUGCUCGGUAAUGUUCAAAUCCUCAUCAUGAUGAUAAUUCCACCUUGUUUGCUUUUAAGAGACUAUUUAACAGAUUCAGAGAAUUGGGUGUGCUCAUAAAUAUGGUUGGAUAUUAAUUAUAGUGAAUAGAAAAUGGAAUGUAGAUCAGUACUUGUAAUGUUAUCAAGGGAUUCCCUUGUUGGUCUAUAUAUCUUGAUUCCUAAGUAUUCAUUAAUGCAACCUAGAAUGAGUUUAGAGUGCUAAUUGAAAUCACUUUGCUUUCCAGUGUGUGACUUUUAGGUGUGUGUUUUGAAAAUGGCUCAGUCAAUGGUAUGCGGAGUGGCAUUGAGCCCUCAUUUGUAGGACCCCACCAUUAUAACGACAUCACUGGGGUGGGCAGUUCAAUCCGAAGCCCACCUCCAAGGACUAUCAAUUACGUUGAAGCUCCAAUCACAUCACAUUAUGGUGUCAAAUCAUACCAGCAGAACAAACAAUACACAGUUAAUCAAGGUGCAAAUAACAACUGGGGCUGGUCAAAGAAAUAGGUCGGUGCUGGUUGUUCUUGAUGAGGAGAUUUAGUAGAGCAUGAAAAAGCCAAUUUUAUAAAUAUAUACAUUUUUGUUGUUGUCAACGUUGUUUUAUUAAUAGAAUAAAAACAACACAGCUAUAAACAUAUACAUAUAAAUGGUAUUUGUUAUUUUUACCAGAGGCAUUGGAUUUUUGGCUUUGUAAAAUAUGUCCUGCAUUUCCACAAGGCAGACUGUGUUCUACGUUUCCUGUUUCCCCUUAAUGAUGGGUGCUUAAUGACAGCAUAACUCUGACAUACUCACAAUACAAUGAAACACACAAAACGCUAUGACAUGGGAAACGUAACUGAAUAAACAAUCACAAAAUCAGUUAAAGGAACUGAAACAAAGCAGAUGAUGCUUAUUGAGAAAACAGUUCAUUUUUAAACAAUCUCACUUUGUGCCAUGUAGAGUUAUUCAGUUAUUGGGUUCCUCAUCCCUUUCUUACCCCAAAAGCUGAAGAAAGUGAAACUUGCUCCCCUCAAGGUAACUCGUCCCAAAAGGUCGGGUGAGCUUUCGAAAUGAGAAGAAGAAAACAGGAAUAAUCAGCUGCCGCUAAAUUAUGUCUUUAUAGAAAGUCAAACUUUGUAGCCUAAUUGUUGGUUAUAUACAAUAUAUAUAGGAAACAUGCUUGUGAUGCCUUGUUUUCUGGUACAGUUUUAUGUACAUGCAAGUGUAGCUUUUUUUUAAAUUAAGAAAAAAAACAUUGUGAAAUCCAACGACAAGUCUAAAUUGUAAAAUAUUUUUCCCAAUAGGGUAUGUUAGGGUGUGAGUGGUCAGGUUUGUGCAGAAAUGGUGAGGAUGCUGACUCUGUCUAAAACCUCUUCUGUAACUAUUCACUGGCUUUAUGGCUUUUUACUCUUUUUCAUUUUUAUUUUUAUUUGAUCUUAAUUGCAAAAUAGUGGCUUUGAGGAAAUCUGGUUCUAUGUUCGUUUUUAGCCUAAUUAGUUUUAUUAUGUUAAGAUCAGUAUCUGCAUGUUUGAACAAUAAAUGUGGUCUUUUAUUUUUGCUGAGCAAAUCAAAGAAACAAUAUCUUGUAAUUAUCCUUCCUUAUAGCUUUACAAUAAAAUACAUUCAAUUAAAA